CUGCAGAAGAAACAUGACAACAAAAACCAGGAAGCCUCAACAUUUCAGAUGUGUCAGUUACACAGUUGAACCAACCAUAUGGACGUCUUGUUGUUGGAUUUGAUAUUUUGGAUGUAGUUUAGUUUUCACGGUAGCUUAGUUAAGUGAGUUAACUUUCGGCGUCCCGUGAAUUAUGAAGAUACAAUCCAAUUCAAACCCGCCGGGCAACAUCAGACGCAUGUAAACGCUGUCGAUCUUAACAGGGAAACGCCACAGGUCGUAAGGUUACAUGUCUUACGAGGGGAGUUAUCUGGUCUUUCCUACACAACACGAUGGGGGACGACACGUUAACGUUAGCUCCUUCUUCUUCAGGACUGUGGCGAGCGGCGACUAUCAUGGGUCCGCUUCGGGGGACGCUUUAGUGAGCUGGCUUACUGGUUGUUUUUGUUUUGUUUUGUUUUGUUUUUUUACAUUAGCGGCUGAAGUUUCUGUCUCGUAUGAGGUUGAAUGAGUGUGGGGGAAAUGGAUGUGAUCACCCUGAGCUCUGACAGUGAUAAAGACGAUUCUGAUGUGGAAAUAGUCGGUUCCUACAGCAACAUCAUGAUCAAGGCUGACCCGCUGCCGCUCUCGGCAGUGCGAGUUGACGUUGACGCAGUGAACGUCAACGUCCCAACGCGUUUUAUUGACCUCACAGAUCCAAGAUGGACUCUUCCAGAGCUGAAGUUGCGUAAAAGACUAACUUCCACUACCACGGCAUUGGUAGACUUAACCGAGAGCGACGUAGCAAAUGUGACAGAACAGGAGACCGAGAAUUUGCCACCGGAUGACUGUCAAAUAAAAGAAGAAACUACAAGUAAAAGUCAAACUUCAUGCGACCAAGAUUUUAAAAGCUCUUCAAAAGACCCACCUCUAUUUGCACUAAAGCGGAGCCAUUUGGAUUCUCCAACACCGGACCAAAAGCAGACUGAUGAAACACAACAUUACACACCAACUGUGAAAUUAAGACGAUUGUCUUUUCUCGAAACUCAUGUCACAGAACUGAAAACGUCAAGAUGGUCUGUCUACUUAGCCAAAGAUUCUACUCAAAUGUCACUGCAUCCCAGGCAACUAGACAGUAAAGUUAAAGCACCAGAAUGCCUUAAUAAUAAUUUGAGGACAACUACCCCAUCAAAUGGUACUCACAUGGAGCCUUCACUGGAUGAAUCUCCUCCUAAGGUGAUUGAAUCACUUGUCAGACAGGAACAACUAGAGAACGGGAAUGAAAUUACAAGCAUAGUACUGUUAAAUGAUAAAAAAACUCAGCAUCUGGAGAGCCCAGCUAACUCUCCCUGCUUGGAUAAAGGGAGCUCAGUUGCAGCCUCAAAGGAGCACAUCAGUCAUGAAGAUGAGAGGAAUGACUUUUGCUCAUCCAUGCUCAUCACCUCUCCAUCAUCCCCUUCAUCUCAAAAUAAAGCACAGGGUUCCCCCCAAAGAGAAGUCAACUUGGAACAACUCGAGUUAGACCAAGCAGACUUGAGACAAAGCUGUCCUUCUGAUCACUCCUCUGCCCACUGUCCUACCACUGAACUGAACCCCUCUGAGCCUUUUGACUUCGACUCUCCGUCCCACACAAGUCCCAUAUCUCAUACCCAUAUGAGCCAAGUCGAGCCAACACCCACUUCUGAAGAUACAUUAGCUGAGAAUACGCCUGAAGGGCAGUCAGAGGAUGCUAAGGCUGAUGAGGCUUCAAACAGCCCAGACCUCUUGCACUGUACCGUCCUUAGUGAAUCUCCUUUGUCAGUGUCUAAAACUGAGGACAUGGAUGACAGAUCUGGGGCUGGGACAUAUAGAGGGGAUAUGGGAAUGGACAGUCCAGUGUCUUUUCUUUGGCAACAGGAAAGUGAUGGAGAAGAAGUGAACGAAGAGAGCAGAUUUGAUAUGAACUUUAGGGAAGCCAGUCGAGAGGACAGGCAUUUUGUGUGCCCAGUUACACUCAGGAAAAUAAUGUCUGGACCAGCUCAAGCCUUGAUUGAAGAGGAAGACGAAGGUUUUGGAACUCCAGAGGUACUAUGCCGUCAGAGCCUGAGCCUGGUUUACAGUACCAUUGAUGAGAAUUACCCAGAAGGUACUUUGCAGCUCUUGUCUGACCUACUACAGCCUGGUUACUAUCCCCCCAGAGAUAUCACUUUCCACCUGCUACGUGGCAUUCUGCUCGAACCACAGUGUCCUUAUCACCUGUGUGUGCAGGCCUUUAAUCUGCUGAUCAGGACUCAGAGACACCAUAUGGCAGAUAAAAACACAGCUCCGUGGGACUGGGAGCUGUUGACCUCAGUCGUGGCCAAUCAGAGACAUCGAUGUGAGGUUGUGCGCAUGCUCCUGGAGUACGUUGUGCAGACUUUGGAAGAUGACUUCCAGGCCAAACUUUCUUCCUCUGCCCUCCACCACUCCAUCGCCAAGACAACAUUGUCAUGUGAUCAGCAGUUCCCACGCGUCAGGGAUGUCAUCAAGUGGCUCUUUUCUGCCAUUGUGAAAUCAACAGAGCACAGAGAGUGUAGAGAAGCAGCCAGAGAGAGAGAUGAACAAAUUAGAAUGGUGUCCAUCUUUCAGAGGAUGUUGUCUUUGGCUCUGGAGGUGGACCGUUCUCCAGCUCUAACCUCUGCCAAGCUGUCCCAGGAGCUCUUUCAUAUGCUCAUCGGCAACAUACCUCUACGAGCACACAGGAUGUUGUUGCUGGAGAGCCUGCAGAGCAAGCUGCUGAGAUGUAAGCUGUUAGAACAUCUGUUGGACUAUGCAUGCCCACAGAAAAUCUCUCUGCCCAUGUCGCUCAGUCUUCUGCUUCACUUUAUGAAGAACUGCACUCUGGCACCAGAUCCUACGGAUGGUACUGAAAGGUGGCAGAGGUGGGAAGAGUUGGUCCAUCUCCUCUGGAUGUUGCUGCUUAGCUACAACAAAGCCAUGAAAGGCUACCUGUGCAGCUCAGUCUCGGAACAAAGAGGCAGAGUUGGCACCUUGGUCUACAAGCGGGAUGAUAUGGUGUCCAAGCCCGUCGUUCGUGAAGCUGUGGAGUCCUUCUUGUCCAGAUCCCAGGCUGACCUUGGCCAAGCCUUACCCCUCCAUGUGGAAGAAUCCCUCACUUAUCUACAGGACCACCUGCUAGAUGUCUGUCAGUGUUGAAUUAAAAAAAAAACCCAAAACUCUUUGUUGUGUUAAUUUAAUAUUUAUAUUUUGUAUGAGCUGAUUGUUGACUUGUGCAAUUUUUUGUGUUUUAAAUAAAGGCAGUGCCUUGAUGGCUAUUUCAAAGUUAAAA